CUACUCCAAAUGUCCCCUGGUUUCUCUCUCAACCCCAAACUCAACUAGGAUCCUUCACCUCAUUUUUGUUCUCUUCCACUUUUUCUCUUAAUAUUGAAAGCUCAGGUCCCGUGACAAUGGAAGAUUGAUAUGUCCGUAAUGCGAUAAAUGCAUACGCACAGAUACAGAUCGAAGAGAUUGAAGAGAAAAAAGUAGAACAGGAGAAAUGGCAAAGUCUUGUAUAUUGUCUGAAGAGAUGGUGACGACACAGAUAGUGUCAAGAUUGCCUCCCAAGUCUUUGAUGAGAUUCAAAUGCGUCUGUAAAUUGUGGUACAAGCUUACCAUACUCAAGGACAAGAAGCUUACAGAAGAAGAAAUAUAUCAUGUCCUCAGGGAUAGCAGUGAUAGGAAGCAAGUUUUACUGUCAUUACUCAAUCUUUGCAACAAUACUGUUGGUGAUGGUCCACACCUUCAAUCUGUUGUUGAAGACUUUACUGUUCCACCUCCUAUGGGUCUAGCUUUUACUCUGCAGAUCGUUGGUCAUUGCGAUGGGAUCAUUUGUCUAAGCACCCACGCCGGUAGUGAUCGUGCUGCAUUAUGCAAUCCAUCAAUCAAGGAAUUCAAAUUUCUUCCCAAGUCUUGUCUCAUCCAUCCGCCGAAUGUAGCAUAUGUUUAUCAUGUCGGAUUUGGAUACGACUCUAAAGCGAAAGAUUACAAGCUUGUUAGAAUUGCACUGUCUAUUUCGUAUGGUGAACAUCCUACUAGAGGAGAAAUAUACAGUUUGGGUUCUAAUUCCUGGAGAGAAAUCAAAACUGAUUUCAGAACUAGAGUUUACAGUACACCUGGCUCAGGUCUGUACUUCAAGGGAAAUUAUUAUUGGUAUGCAUUUAAGCAAGAAGAACCAGAAUAUCACAAGGAAUUCAUCCUUUCAUUUGAUAUGAGUGACGAGUUAUUUCAUCAUACAUCAGUUCCAGAUAGUUUCCAUGUCACAGAUGGAUGUUACAGGAGCCUCGUAGUGUUGAGAGAAUCCAUUGCUCUUUUGUCCUACGAAGCAGGAUAUGGAGUUCCUAAAACUUUUGAAGUAUGGGGAACGGAAGGUUUUGGUGCUGGUAAGGAUUUUUGGACCAAAUACGUCACCAUCGGACCUUUAGAAGGCAUUGAGAUUCCAUUGGUAUUUUGGAAGACUGACGAGCUUCUUGUGGUUACCAAUAAUGCAAGUGCAGUCUCCUACAAUCUUUGCACCCAAACAUCCAAGUAUCUUCCCAUUAAUGGUGCCGAAGCAUCUGAUAUAAAAGCUGUUGUUUAUGUGAAUAGUAUUGUUUCCGUCAACCGAAGACAAUAAUAAGGCCAGACCAAAGAAAAAAGAAAAAGACAACAAUUAGGAUUUUCCAUGGACAGUUUUUAUUCCAG